CUCGCCCGCACCAUGAUCGCCGCCGCUUUCCUCGUUUUGCUGAGACCCUACAGCAUCCAAUGUGCUCUCUUCCUCUUGUUGCUCCUGCUGGGCACCAUCGCCACCAUCGUCUUUUUCUGCUGCUGGCACCGCAAGCUCCAGAAAGGAAGACAUCCGAUGAAAUCGGUCUUUUCGGGUCGUUCCAGAAGCAGAGAUGCUGCUCUGAGAUCUCAUCACUUUCGUUCUGAGGGGUUCCGAGCCAGCCCUCGACACAUCAGGAGGCGAGUCGCAGCGGCUGCAGCUGCCCGGAUUGAAGAAGUGAAGCCUGUGGUGGAAGUUCAUCACCAGAGUGAACAAGAGUCAUUGGGGAGGAAGCGAAGGAUCAAGAAAAAUAGCCGGGUGCAGCCGGAAUUCUAUCACUCCGUUCAAGGUGCUCCCACCAGAAGGCCUAGCUCCGGGAACGCGUCCUACCGCUGUUCUAUGUCCUCCUCUGCGGAUUUUUCUGACGAGGAUGAUUUCAGCCAGAAAUCUGGCUCUGCAUCUCCAGCUCCUGGAGACACCUUACCCUGGAAUUUGCCCAAGCAUGAGAGAUCCAAAAGAAAGAUUCAAGGGGGCUCGGUGCUGGACCCAGCCGAGAGGGCCGUUCUCCGGAUAGCAGGUGAGUGGGGGAGGGGAUGGACUGGAGACCAGGGCGGCAGGAAUUCACCCAUCUGUUCCCCGGCGCUGUAUCUGCAGGCUGAUGCGCUGGGCAGAAUUUUGUCUCAGGUGGGGGAGGAAAUGACCAUGUUUACUCCGUGGAGCGCUUUGCCUGCUUGCUCUGGUGACUAA